GUGGGUUGAGUUAUUUAUAUUUCAACACUUGUCCUCUAGUACCCAUGGGAGGACCUGUGUUCGUAACCUGAAACUUUAUAUUUAAACAUUGUCUUAUUCUAGAUGUGUUGCGGUGAACACAAACUAUUGUGGGAAUUAGACUGAGAGGAACAAGUGAAGGUUUAUGGCAGAAAAUCUAAAACAUAUACAAUUGGAUGGAUAGAGAGUGACCCUGAGAGGAUCCUGUCUUUGUUGGAGAACGUUGUAAUGAAGAUCCAUGAGAAGAUUUUAACCCAUUACCUGUCCUGCACCUCACCGAUAGAUAAAGAAGGAUAUCUCUACAAAAAGAAAGAGAGGACCUCCUCCUACCAGAAGCGCUGGUUUGUCCUGAAAGCCAAUCUGCUGUUCUACCAGGAGCGUCCGGCAGAUCGACACCUGCUGGGGGUUAUUGUCCUAGAGGGCUGUGCUGUCCAGCGCUGUGAGUCUGAAGGAGGAUUGUUUCCCUUCUCCAUGGUGUUCAGAGGUUCAGGGCUGAAAACCUACAGGCUUGCUGCUGAGGACCAGCUGGGCCAGGAGAGCUGGGUCAAAGUCCUGCUCACAGCCAGCCACUGCUACCUUUCACUGCUGGUCAGAGACCUGGGGAAGCAGUACGAAGAAGCUAAACGCCAAGCUGGACCUGCUGAAUCCCAUCAACGAACCACUGUGACUGGUCCAGGCUCAAUGUGCCUUACCCAAUCCAUGACUUACCUGAACUCAUGCUCCUCCUCCUUCCUCAUGCCAGGACCAGUGAGGAGAGAAGGGGGAAGCCACAGUGCCAGUAAUGUAUUACAAGCCCCUCCAAUCCCCAGCAAAGUGAUGAAUAAGAGGUCCCCUAAGCAUUGGCCCAAGAGAAACGCACAUGUCACACCGAUAAAUGGACCAGCACCACCAUAUGGGGAAUGGCCACAAGUGGACUUUGAUCCUCUAGAGGAUUUCACCAAGCUACAUGAUUACUAUGGAGAGGAGGUGAUGCAGCUGAGAGCUGAUUGGCUGAGGAGGAGGCAGGAGGAAGAGGAGCACAUUGAGGAGGAUCUCAUUGACCUGAGUGAACACUGACCCACAGAGAUCAGACAGUCACCACUCUGGUUAUUUUGAUGAGGACUUUGGUGUGAAUGCCAGUAAUCUGAAAUAAGAAAGUGACUUUAUAAUUUGAGGAACUAGAGCAUUAAAGAAGAACUCGUCACCUGUGUAUACGUCAUGAUGGGAUUAUAGUCCUAUGAGGUUGAUGAUGAGCUUCAAAAUGUCUUGUCACUAAGCAGAGACUCAUCAUCAAACUCAUAGGACUAUCACCCUUAGUGGUGUUUCAAACAGCCGGAUGCAUCCGGUUCUCAGGGAUACAGCCCUGAUGUGGGAACUCUGCUCGGGAGUUUCUUUUGCGCCUGCUACGUUAGGUUAUAGGACUAUAAUCAGCUCAUGCUGUAUACACAGGUGACUGGUUCCUCUUAAACACUCUAGUUCCUCAAAUGAUAGUCACUUUCUUAUUUCAGAGUCCUGGCACUCCUACUGGUUUGUCUGUUACUGUUUGUAAAUUAUCAUUAAAAUCACUGGUAUAUUUUCUAGGUA